CCCGCGCCUCCCUGCGCGCCCCGCACACGGAGACGUGCGCCGCGGCUCGCCUCCCUCCGCCGGGGGGGAGGAGGAGGCGGCGGCGGCGGGGGGGUCCUUCGCCCUCCGCCGGGCUCUCCCCGUGGAGAGGGCAGGCUGCGGGCACGGCUGCUCUGCCCGCGCAGCCGGCUCCUCUCCUCCCCCCCCCCCCCCCCCCGGCUGCACAAAGAGCAGCAGCGAGGGCCCUGGCUCGCCUUUAAAGGCAGCAGCUGGAGAUUUAAGGUGUCCCGGAGCCAUGUCUCGGCGCGGCGCUGCUCGCGGGGCGCGGCGGGGUCGCUGGUGGUUGCGCUCGGGGUUGUUUUGGACUGAUCAGCAAAGAAACUGAUACCGUUGCUCUGGGGUGGGAAAGGCCAGCAGUCUGUGUGAAAGAACCAUGUCCGUUCGGGAGUCGUUUAACCCAGAAAGUUAUGAACUGGACAAGAGCUUCCGUCUGACCCGAUUCACUGAACUUAAAGGCACAGGCUGUAAAGUGCCUCAGGAUGUCUUACAGAAACUGCUUGAAUCUCUACAAGAAAACCAUUUUCAGGAAGAUGAACAGUUCCUGGGGGCAGUUAUGCCCAGGUUGGGAAUUGGGAUGGACACAUGUGUUAUUCCAUUAAGACAUGGAGGUUUGUCGUUGGUCCAGACGACAGAUUAUAUUUAUCCUAUUGUGGAUGAUCCUUAUAUGAUGUUUUUUUUCUUUCUUUUUCAGGGGCGGAUAGCGUGUGCCAAUGUCCUAAGUGACCUUUAUGCCAUGGGGGUUACAGAAUGCGACAACAUGUUGAUGCUCCUUGGAAUCAGCAAUAAAAUGACAGAUAGGGAAAGAGACAAAGUGAUGCCUCUAAUUAUCCAGGGUUUCAAAGAUGCAGCAGAAGAGGCAGGAACAUCUGUUACUGGUGGCCAAACAGUGUUAAAUCCCUGGAUUGUUUUAGGAGGAGUGGCCACGACAGUCUGUCAGCCUAAUGAAUUUAUAAUGCCAGACAAUGCAGUGCCAGGAGAUGUGCUUGUAUUAACUAAACCCUUGGGAACUCAAGUGGCUGUAGCUGUCCACCAGUGGCUAGAUAUUCCAGAAAAAUGGAAUAAAAUCAAACUAGUAGUAACACAGGAAGAUGUAGAACUAGCAUACCAGGAAGCAAUGAUGAAUAUGGCAAGGCUCAACAGAACAGCUGCUGGACUCAUGCACACUUUCAAUGCACAUGCAGCUACGGACAUCACAGGAUUUGGAAUCCUGGGGCAUGCACAAAACCUUGCCAAACAGCAGCGAAAUGAGGUGUCCUUCGUUAUCCAUAACCUUCCUGUUCUCGCUAAGAUGGCUGCCGUCAGUAAGGCUUGUGGCAAUAUGUUUGGCCUCAUGCACGGGACUUGUCCAGAGACCUCAGGAGGCCUUCUCAUCUGUUUACCACGGGAACAGGCAGCACGCUUUUGUGCUGAGAUCAAGUCUCCGAAAUAUGGUGAAGGUCACCAAGCAUGGAUUAUUGGCAUUGUAGAGAAGGGCAACCGCACGGCCAGAAUUAUAGACAAACCACGAAUCAUUGAAGUUGCACCACAGGUGGCCACUCAAAACGUGAACCCAACGCCUGGUGCCACCUCUUAAUAUAGAUGAAAUAGCUGUUUGUUUUUAAAUAGAUCUAUUCCUUUAUCAUCCUACAAUUUAAAGAACUGUAAAAAAGAAAAGAAAACUUGUUGUGUCUGCACAUCUGGUGGCCUUAGGUCAGUUUAUGAGUGGAUACAAUUAAUAAAAUCCAUUGCCUUUUUUUCCUGUUACAUUAACUGAAGAUGCACCUAAUCUUGAGGCAGCUUCUGAGUUGAGAAUUAUAUUGUUAUCCAAUACUGUUGAUUCAUUUUGAAUCUUUAGACACUUAUCUCUUGCCGCAUAGGCUCUUUUUAAAGGUGCUUUCACGUAGCACAGACAUUACCAGUAGUAGUGUCAAAUAGCAGUUUGUGUCCUUUCAUUAUAUGUAUAUUUAUCAUAAGUCUAAUUUGGAUGCCUUGAAUGAUAUUCUGGAAAGGCAAUAAAUUGAUAAGCGACACAGUGGGUAUACCCAGUAGUAAGAGGGUUGCAUGAUUACAUUCGAUCUUUGAUUUUUGUAAGGUUUAGUCUUACCAAGAGCAUCUACGACCCGGACACUGCUUGGUAGUGCACUCUGUUUAAACAAGCAAGUGCUGACUUUGCAUGGAAAGCGCUUCAGAGUCGGAGGAGUCAUUUUUUAAUUUCAUUAUUUGUAGACCUGACAAUAUUUACUGUAUUAUCAAUGAUUGUUUUCUUUAUUGAUAGUAAGGAAAAAUAAUUUUUUUUGCAAUGUGAUUGGAUGUGCUAUAGUGCAACAAAGGUUUUGCAGACCAAAAGGAAGUUACUGUAUAAUAUUCAUUUACAAUUCACUAUAUAAAUAACUACACAAAUAAUUUUUAAAUAUAAUCAAACUAAAAUAAACAUGUUCUGUGGAUGGUAGUGUUUAAUACAUUUUAUAUUUUGUAUAGUGAUUACAAGCCUUUUUUGUUUCUUUAAAAUCAGCAGCUGUUUAGUAUAAUUCUUAGUAUUAUUUUGUUCUUUGCUCAAAUACAUUUUUGUGCACGCUUUUGUGAUCUGUGUUUAAAAUCUACAUUGCCAACAUUGCAGCUUGAACUUAAGCCUGUUAUUCAAAAUAAAUAUUUAAUUUUUUUUA